AAAUUAAACUUUAGGCGUUAGAUAUGUAAAUAUAUAUGCAUUAGGUGGUAUGUUCGUGAAUUCCCCAAUAUUAUUAGUAUUUGCAAUAGUGUUAACAUUUGGCAAACAGGUUAGCCCUUCACAAUUUGAAGCUCAUGCUGGCCAUUCACAGCGUCGCAAACCAUAUAACUACAUUUAUACUUCCAAUGGAGUGUCACUCCACGAGCUCUCUGUCACAUUAUCAAAGCGCCGCAAGCUGUUGGACAGUGAAAAUGAUGAUCUGUGCAGUAUUUGUGAAGAUGCUGGAGAGCUGGUACUAUGUGACCUUUGUCCUAGGGCAUUUCAUCAAGGUAUCGAUCUUGACAUUGCUAAAUAAAUGCUGUAGACACUAAAAUUGAUGUGACGGCACAGGUAAAAGAUGUUGGACAUGGACCUUAUAGCUGCCUUUUACGAAUUGGCAAAAACAGUCUAGGAGACUU